AUGAAUCCGCUGAUUAAUUUUCAGCCUCGAGGGCUUAUGAGCGCUGUGGAGCCGCAACCGCCGAAACUGUUGUAUUUGGCGAUGUACAGUCCGGGACUGGCAAACACACCCGGACAGCCUUCAGAUGAGGAAGGAUUUUUACGAAGACAAGUUCUUUUUUACUGCAAUUUCGAGACAAGAGAGGUGAUGGAGGAUGAGAUAUUGAAGACUGUUGGAAUGAUCCAAGGAAUAAACGAUUUUUCAGCAAAGUUCAACGAAUCAUCAUAUGUGUCCCACAUAGACACGGAUAAGACGCGGUGUGUGAUUGCCAACAUUGAGGCCGAUUUUUGGCUGGUUAUGGGUAUUCGACUUGCGUCUUCGGUAUCCCAAGUUGAUGGAAAGACAGAAUUUGUUCAACGUGGACUGGCUUCCCCCGAGUACUUGCAAAGUACCUUGGUGGAGGGUUAUAGACUAUGGAGGCUUCAUCAUGGUUUAAUGGCUGAGAACCUCACUUGUGAUGGAUUAGAAGAUGUCAAAAAGAGUCUAGAACAAUGGUGGAAAUCAUGGGCUUUGGCGAGAUUUGAAUCCGAAUCAAAUUUCAAUUUUAGUCAGUCGGGGUUCUUGAAGUUGCUUGAUGGCUAUAAGAAAUCAUCCAUGCGCCUCCCCCCGUCUUUCGCCGAGAAUAUGGACAUCAAAGUAAGAUCACUUUUGAAGGAAGAAGGUGAUGAUGUGGAUUUGCUGAUUAUGAACACCAACAGGUAUCCUUUGAAGAACUUUGGUCUGGUGUACAAGAACCCAGAGUCUGAGUUAACCACCGAAUCGCUGGCCGAUCUCGUUAAUUACCUCGAAAGCUUAGAUCUUUCUGUUGGUCUGAGUCCGUCAGUGCUUGUUUUGGACAACCAGCCAUUUCUGAAGGAGUUAAACAGAGCCAUCGACGCCGACUCAGAACAGUCGUUUUCAAGGUUUUUCGAAAGAUCCCUACUCAAUCCGACAUUGUUCAUACAGGCGCAGCUUACAAACGUGUUCAAUCCUUUGUCGCUAACACUGGAUGCGGUUUCAAGCCUCACAAGCAUGACAACACGGUACAUUCCGCUUCCCAAAUUAGACUUUUGGAAUACAGGGACCGCAGAUAGUGACUCCCAACAGCCGGCUCAACAGCCUGGGCCUGCGAAAGCUAUCGGAAAAUUUAUACUUGGAAAACAUUCUGGACAUGUCGAAACCCCGAUUUCCUGCAAAAUCCUCCGUGUUUCCAAGAAAUCUCGGCCUCAAGAGACAACUGAACAGGCACUGGUGCUGUAUGAAGUGUGCGGUAUGCUGUUCGUGAUGCUUCUCAAGCCAGAUGCCGAAAAACUGGCAGAUAAGGCCUACUACGAUAGACUGGAGACUCAGCUUAUGCAACUCUACGAGACAUAUUUGGGAGAUUUGACUAUUCAACAGAUGAAAGACAUGGAAAUAGAGGCUGAAACCGGGUCUGGCUCCACCAAAUCCCCGUUCUACUACGUGAUCCACGAUCCCCAGACCAGAACGUAUGAAAGUUCAUUUCCAACGGUUCCGGACGAUGAAAAUUCUGCCAGACUGAAACUGGCACUGCAAACGGCAUUAUUGGCAGAGCCCAGUACUGAGACUCAGCCGCACAUGACCUCUCACGAACCUGCAGAAUUUCCCGAUCCUAGCACAAUGUCGAGGUCCCAAACCAUCCACUUACACAAUUGUAUUGCCAGAUUUGCACUACAGAAUUAUGACGGCUAUUUGGGACUGUAUGAAAAUGCAAAACUCUUCAAGACUGGCAAAAACUGGUGGAUCCUGCAGCAAUCGAUCCCAAACUCGGCGAAAACACUGCUUAUCGCAAGGAGAUUCGAACAAAAAGACGCCAGAAGGCUCCGGGUCCUCGACAGUGACCUUAGCCUUGAAAAUAAAGCCGAUCCGGGCCUGGCUCUGAUCAACUCGCUCGGUCAAGACGUGCUGAACUGGUACUGCUCACGUUAUCAGACUAAAUAG